AGUAACGUUAUAUAUCAUUACCAUUCUUCCCAAGGAGAUACAAGAAAGGGAAGCUAGAGCUUUAACACAAAAACAAGAGAGCAAGAAUCAUGGGGAGAGCUCCUUGCUGUGACAAAGCCAACGUGAAGAAAGGUCCGUGGUCUCCCGAGGAAGAUGCCAUACUCAAGGCCUAUAUUGAGCAGCAUGGAACGGGUGGCAAUUGGAUUGCCUUGCCACAGAAGAUAGUAGGCCUGAAAAGGUGUGGCAAGAGUUGUCGACUUAGAUGGUUGAAUUAUCUCCGUCCAAACAUUAAACAUGGAGGGUUUUCAGAGGAAGAAGAUAACAUUAUUUGCAGUCUCUAUAUAAGUAUUGGAAGCAGGUGGUCUAUCAUUGCUGCUCAGUUACCUGGUAGAACCGAUAAUGAUAUAAAAAACUACUGGAACACAAGGCUUAAGAAGAAGCUCUUAGGAAAACAGCGCAAGGAACAAGCAGCCCGGCGAGCUAGUCUCAAGCAAGAAAUCAUGACAAAGAGAGAAAUAAAUGAGAGCUUCAUGGUUCCUGGGGCUAUCCCUCAUCAACAAAGCCCUUACUGGCCAGACGUACCAGCUCUAGUCAUGAAUCAAAACCAAGAUUCUCAUUUGAUGGAUCAAGAAUCCAUUAGGAACUUGCUGAUCAAACUUGGUGGAAGAUUUUCUGACAAUAAUCAAGAGUCAGCCCUAUUCACUACAAUCAACAAUUACCCUCUUGACGGUUCAAGCAGACAAGAUCAAGUACCAUACACAAACUCCAUAGAUGUGCUUUCUUCUUCGGCACCCAUGCGAUCAAUGGAUAGUACCUGUUGCUCUCAAUUUCCUAAUAGCAACUACAACGGUCCAAAUAUGUGUCAAGCUGGACUUGAAAACUUGUUGGUCGAGCUAGGUGGAUUGGUCUGUAGCAACCCACAACAAGUAGAAGGUUUGGAUAGUUUCUAUGGGAUGGACAUGGCUGCCAGUGGCAGCACGGGGGCUAGUUCUGCAGAAAGUAACAGCUGGGGACAUAUAAGCUCUCUUGGUUAUCCUCAGCUUGUUUCUGACUAUGAAACUUGCUUGCAAAGCAUGCCACAAGAUUCAUCUUUUGAAGAUUCAAGCUUCUUUGGGCCACAAUGACAACACUAGCUAUAUACCAGUUUGUUCAGUUUAUAUAUAUAUCUGUAGGAAUUUGGAGUCUGGAUUUCAGGAAAACUUGAGAAUUUAAUUUAGUCAAGAAAUUUGUUUUUUUUUUUUUUUUUUUCCUGUGACUUUCACUUUCAUUUUCACCACUUCAUCGAUCAUUUUCCGGUUCAUUAAUGAUAAGCAGCUAAUUUCUUUCCAUU